CAGGCAACACCCUGGUGAAUUGUAUUCUAAUGUGAUAGAAUCUGCCCUACAGAUGGUACAAAGUGACAAUCCUGGUCGGGGAACGUCUCGAGAGUUGCGCAAUCUUGCGUUCCCCACCCAUGGGGGUACCAGUAAUUAGCUUACCACUUCGCUGGAAUGACGGCUUUGACCAUACCUCUACCGUUAUUUAUAACAGGGCUAUUUUCGACCGUUUCAACCCAGGCCCAGAUCAUUCACCUCAUUCGAGGAGUCCUUCAGUCGCUUGCGCCAAGAUUGGAUCCAUGCUUUCCUAGGGGUCGCAACAGAUGACCGGGCUGCCGGGCCACGCUUUUCGCCUAGGUGCAAAACCAUCCUCCGCGACAAGUCCCGGGUGGUGAAUUAAGUAUCAGACUCCCUUGGAGUCAGGAUCAAGCUUUCUUCCCAUACUUUUUAUCGACUUAGCGGGUCUGCGAAAUACCAUGCUGUGCUGCCACGUUUCCAUUGCUUUGUUGUUCUUUGAAGUCUCAUUAACCAUUUGUGUAGUUGUCCUCGUGCGCCUGUCUGCCUGCCUUCCUGGUUUCUCAAAAACCCUCGACCUUAUCCACGGUAUCGCACCAUCUCUUCCCUGGACUUCCAAUUCCAGUCGGACAUGAGCUGUUGUGCUUGCAAAUUCUUCAAGUCUAGUGCUAGGUUGUACAGUCUGUCGUGAACGUUGGACGGCUCUUGUGAGCCGUCAGCUCUCAAGCCGACAUGCCUGCAGAUCCCGGACCAAUAGACAGAUACAAUCGCAAGGUUCUCUAUCUCGAUCGAGAAUUCCAAGAGUAUUCAUUGCAACACGAGAUAUACCUCGCUCCAAUCGAUCUAGAUGAAGAAACCCGCCUCAGAGAUCAACAUGAGAUGCUCAAGAUGAUUUAUCAAGAUUGGAACAAUUCCUUGUAUCCUCGGGUUGUCGGCGACCCAGAGAAAAUACUUGAACUGGGGUUCGGAUCUGGCGAAUGGGCUUUUGAGCUGGCGGAAUACGACCCUGACUGCACCGUUCUGGGGGUUGACAUAUGCUCUCUCAUGGCGGUCGACCAAUUGGACAACAUGGAUUAUCAGAUUGCGAAUUUGAAUGAGCCAUUUGAAUUCGACGAGCCCGGAUCCUUUGAUCUAGUCCACUCACGCUUUGUGGCAAGCGGCAUUGCAGCAACACGUUGGCCAAACUUCGUUCGGGACAUUCACAGAAUGUUACAGCCCAGAGGCUGGGCGGUAUUGACUGAAUGGGACGUGGUAUUUCGAUCUGAUCACAGCAUCGAGAGGCUCGGGGCCUUGCAGGAGUGGACCAGGCUCUAUCAUCAAUCAAUUGCUCGUUCAUCUCGACCCCAAGGUAGAAAGAGCAUGAGGGUGGCCCAAGACUGCGAAACAUGGAUGCGCAUGGCGGGAUUCGUCAAUGUCACCACUGACAUACGAGAUGUGCCAACCUGCGCCUGGCGCACUGGUAGGAUUUCCCACACAAAUUGCCAUCUCGGUGCAACAUACGGCCUAGGCUAAAUCGAUAUGACGAACAGAUGGCCUUUACCGCCACAUUGGGGAGGCAAACUUGACAAACAUGAGAGACCUUAUAAGAUCGAUGGGACUUUUCCCUCUGAUAGAUCGCCAGAUUUUGACGGUGGAAGAAUUCGACUCGUUGGUUGCUGCUGCCUGUGAAGAACUGGCAGAUGUCAAUGCUCGCCCAUACAUUAGACUGUAUACAGUAUAUGGCAUGAAACCAUAAGGGAUGAGUGAAUGAUAUCACAUCCCGAUCGAUGUCACUAGAGAGAGCCUCAGUGCUGAUGACGCAGCUUAUUGCUAGUCUUGUCGAACUCGAAGAGGUGUCGUAAUCACUUGUGCGACAUCGUCAUUGGAUUCUCGAUGGAGUUCAGGUACCUUUUGCCAGGCUCAGGGAGGAGACGCAUUGACAAUAUUCAGUUUAAAUGUUUAAUCAUACAAUAAGCCGAUGGACCAGCUGGCAGUGCUCAGUCCGAUAGACUACUUUUGGCUUGUCGAGAUUUUCCGAAAUCAGGAGUACACUUUUCUAGUAUAGGCGGCAUGGGCAUGUACAUGCUAGGGGCUACAUAGAGUUGUCGUUAAUAUAGACUCACUCAACUGUAAAACAGCUCAUAUUUUGCCCGCAUGACCUGCU